AUGGUAUAUGACAUUGCCCACCGCAAGGAACCAAGAGUCAAAUCUCGCAUGUUAAAGGCCAGAGAAAAGCAUGGAGAGGGAAACGAGUGCUGGUUAGGAAAGAUCCACCACGAGAGCUGGUCACCUUUAGGACAAAAGAAAAAACCGCAGGAAACCCUGGGCACGCAAGAUACAACGCUUCAGCAGUGGCCCUGCCCACUGCACCAAAACAAAAAACUAAGCUUGGGUGCCGGCUGAUUUCCUGGGUUGGAAUCAAUUCUUGAUGAUUCAUAUUGACCGUCUAUUUCUACUGCUCUUUAUAGCGCUAUCGUAUAAUUCGAGUUGAAAAGAAGAAAAAAACCACA